UGGCCGGAAAAGAUUCGUAAAAAAUUACACAAUUUUUUUCCUGUUUUUGAAACAGAGAACGGGGGACGAGUACAUGCCCCCGUCGAAUAUAACCUAAUUAAAGAAUUGGCUGAGUCUGUCCGCAAAUACGGGGUUAAUGCAAAUUUUACCCUGGUAAUGUUGGAUAGAAUUGGCACUGGCACCUUAACUCCUUCUGAUUGGCAGAUGGUAGCAAAAGCCGCACUUCCAGACAUGGGUCAAUACAUGGAAUGGAGGGCUCUCUGGUAUGAGGCCGCUCAAACACAAGCCCAGGCCAAUGCUCUUGCCCUUACUCCUGAACAGAGAAACUGGACCUUUGACUUGUUGACAGGUCAAGGUCAAUUUAUUGUGAAUCAGACAAAUUAUCAUUGGGGAGCCUAUGCUCAAAUUUCACAGACAGCUAUUAAAGCCUGGAAAGCGCUUUCUAAAAAAGGGGAGGCUAAUAGGCGCCUUACAAAAAUUAGUCAGGGCCCUGAGGAAUCGUUUUCCGAUUUUGUGGCCAGAAUGACAGAAGCAGCAGGACGUAUCUUUGGAGAUGUUGAGCAGGUUGAACCUUUUAUUGAACAGUUGAUAUUUGAACAAGCCACUCAAGAGUGCAGAGCCGCCAUAGCCCCUAGAAAAAAUAAGGGCUUACAAGAUUGGCUCAGAGUGUGUAGAGACCUCGGAGGACCGCUUACUAAUGUGGGCCUAGCAGCUGCUAUCCUCCAGUCUCAAAAACGCCCUGCUGGUAAAACCAACCAGAGGACUUGCUAUAACUGUGGCAAGCCUGGACAUUUUAAAAAGGACUGCAAAAACUCAAAUGGAAGGAUGUUCUGA